AUGUCAGAAAACAUUACUUCUACUACUUCUGCUACUGCUGCAAAUACAAAUACAAACACCCCAACAUCCACCACUACCACUACUACAACCACAGCGACUCACAGCAAAAGCAAUUAUUAUAAUCCUAGUUUGAUCCAUCAUAGCAUUUAUAAUAAUAAUAAUAAUAACGGUACUGCUGGAUCGACAGGACCAAUAAAAACAAUAGCGGCAGCGACAUCAACAUCAGCUGCACCUACAACAAAUACAGAUUCAGGUAAAUCUUCAGUUUCAAGUAUAUCCGCCAGUAAUUCAAUAUUUUCAGAAGCACCAGAAGUAAAUUCACAUCAUUACUACUCACAUCCCCCCCAUCAACACUUUCCAUUCAUGACAAACAAUAAUCAUCACCACCAUAGUAAUGUUAAUGUUGGUGGUAUUCCCACUUCAGGCUACCCUUUCCCACAACCUAAUGCUUCACCUACAACAACAAUAGCAGGUACCAUAACUUCACAUAGCAAUGGUACACCCGAAUCACAGCAGCAACAACCUCUUGUGGCACCUCCACCACAAUCACAACCAACUGUGUCAGCUUCACUACCACAAUUUCAAAAUCAAAUAGUCUCGGGAACAGGAGCUUCUACAAAUCCUCCUCUUAAUCCUCGAAUUAGUGCCAAAUUCACUAAUAAUGAUAUUCAGAUAUUACGUCAGUUAUUGUUAGCUGGUGAAAAGCAUAAAUGGAAACAAAUCACCAAAGAAUUGAAUUCAUCAACUAAUCACAAUGCGCACAUAGUUGCAGCAAUAAGUGCUGCUGCUAUUAAAUCAAGAAGUCUUGUUAAUAACUAUGACAGUAACAAUAACAUUAAUGAUAAUACACCUACAACUAAUCUACAUCAUAGUUUUGGAUACCACCACCUUCAGCAACAACAACAUAGUUUGGAACAGAAAUCAUUAGGUCAUAGAGUAGGCAAUGGUACUACUGGCUCUUCUUCUUCUGCUUCUAGUGGGAGUAUUUCUGGAAAUUCACCUUCAACAAUACCAGCAAAGAACGUUUCUCCAACAUUUGUUGUUAAACAGUAUCAGCAAUUAUUGGGACUUCCUAAUAAUGCAUUAUAUUUUGGUACCUUAGGUAGUUCUUUGCCUUAUGUUGUUGCUGAGAAUGGAUGGGAUGACAUUGGACCAGAAGCAGUAAACUAUCAGUUCUAA